AUGGAUGCGAUUGAGAAUCGAAGCUCGUCGUACGACUCCAAUGCUGGCCCAGGUUCAACAGACCCGAUCAAACGCGUGCGAGUGCAUAAUGCACAGGAGCAACCCAGGCGUUCGAAUAACCCUUGUUAUCACUGUGGCGGCGACCACAUCCUAAGUCGCUGUCCACCUUUCUUGGCGCUGGACUGUUACAAGCGCAAGGACAUAGUCAGUAGGGCUAAAUUAUGCGUCAAUUGCUUGAGCAAGUCGCAUGCCCUGUCUCGCUGCACCAGCAACCAGUGUUGUCAGGUUUGUGGUCAGCGCCAUCAUACGUUGCUACAUUUCCCGGUUCCGGCUCAGAACCAGUCUUCGAACGCUCAAUCGCAUCCUGCCCGGCCGCCGAUACCGCAGUUUGUGACGCCGGCACCCAGGGAAACAGUGUCUGCACACAACACACAGUCCAGGUCGGAUCAAAAUCCGCACGCAUCUUACAGAUGUCAUUCGGCGACGUCAUCCAACCUUUCCUCGAAAAAUUUACUUCUCGCUACGGCUCGUAUUAUGGUACGAAACCCGACCAACGGCCUGCAAGCAGUAAUAAACGCUCUCGUCGAUCAAGGAUCUGAGGCAACCAUAGUAUCUGAACACGUUGUUCAGUCCCUUCAUUUGAAACGAUCUGCCGUCAGAGCAUCCAUUUUUGGGGUAGGAGAAGGGGGCGGUCGUCGUUGCAAGUAUACGGUCAACCUUGAAAUCAACAGUAUUAAUUCCAAUUUUUCUUUAGAUGUUGAUUCCGCAUAUGUGCUCAAUUCCGUAACAUCCGGCCUCCCCAGUCUCAGCUUCUCGCCGAAGCGAUGGGAUCACAUCCAAGGGCUCCCGUUGGCUGAUCCAAAUUAUUACAGAUCGAAACGAGUUGAUCUCAUCUUGGGAGUGGACCUGUUGGCACAAAUCAUGUUGCCAGACACGAAGAUUGGAUUGCCCGACGAACCCAUAGCUCAAAAUACCCGUUUGGGAUGGAUACUAUCGGGGCGAGCGGAAGGAGUUAUAAAAUCUUCCGAACUACGCUGUCAUCGAGAAACUUUGGACACGGAGUCAUUGCUCAAACGAUUUUGUGAAGUCGAGUCGGUUCCUGAUCGUUCUACGGAAACGGAGGAGGAUACAUGGUGCGAAACAUUUUUCCAGGAAACACAUGCACGUCGAUCGGAUGGCCGCUACGUAGUACGAUUGCCCUUUAAAACAUAUUUGGAUCCAACAAUGGUAUUGGGGAGAUCUCAUCAAAUGUCGCUGAAUCGGUUUAUUCAAUUGGAAAGGCGUCUGUCGAACAACCCGGGGCGGUGGAACAAAUAUGUGGAGGAAAUCGAGGAGUACUUUUCGCUUGAGCAAAUAGCGCCUGCUGUGGGCAGUGAGAGCAGUCUAAUGAAGCGCACAUCUUCGAAUAUGCAUGUAGCUUCAUGCGUGCUUCCGCACCAUGCGGUCUUCAAGGAGGAACUCCAUUCGAUCAAACAAAGAAUCGUAUUCGAUGCCUCCUCAAGAACUAGUAACGGGAGAUCAUUGAACGAUAUACUUUGUAUCGGACCCACUUUGCAGAACGACAUGUCAUCGGUUAUACUCAACUGGCGGAAAUAUCGUUUUGUUUUCACGGCGGAUAUACAGAAGAUGUAUCGCUGCAUAGAUGUUCACCCAGAAGACGCCCAAUAUCAGCGGAUUUUAUGGCGGGCGGCGGAUGGAGCCAUCAAUGUUUUUGCGUUAUCGACAUUGACCUUUGGGACGGCUUCAGCACCGUUCACAGCUAUCAGAGUUAUUCAACAGCUGGCAAAGGAUGAGCAGCUUUCAUUUCCUAAGGCCAAGGAGGUGCUGAUGAACGAAAUAUAUGUAGACGACAUUCUUUCUGGAGGACAUACUAUAGAGGAGGCAGAGGAUAAGCGGUUGCAGGUAUCGGGUGCUAUAAAAUCCGCACGCAUGGAGUUGCGAAAGUGGGCCAGCAACGAUUCGAGACUUUUGCUCUCGAUUCCGUCAGAGUACCAUUGCACUCAGACCCUGUUAAGUUGGGACACUACAGAUCCCAUAAAGGCUUUAGGAAUGUAUUGGCUGCCAAUCAAGGACUGUUUUAAAUACCAGAUCAACUUCGAGAUGCCAGUCAGCUCCACAAAGAGGAUGAUCCUAUCCAGUAUAGCAAGGUUGUUUGACCCGCUGGGUCUCAUUGCGCCGGUCAUCAUCUCGGGAAAACUUAUAUUGAAGGAGGUUACCAUGGCCAAGACAAAGCAGGCAGAUGGCACGCAGACGGUUUUGGGCUGGGACGACGCGGUUCCUGAUAAUAUCGCAGAGCGAUGUCGAGUAUUUCGAGACCACUUACUGAGGAUCGGCGAGAUAAGCAUAGAUCGGUGGAACCAUUACACCCCAUCUUCAAUAUCCUCAGUGCAGAUGCAUGCAUUUUGCGACGGAUCUUCCACGUCUUAUGCAGCCGCUGUGUACCUAAGAGUAGAGCAUCAGGACGGAAGAUGCUAUACAUCUCUGAUGGCUGCAAAAUCAAAGGUUACUCCCACCAAGCCCCUAACUAUACCUCGAACAGAGUUAAGUGGAGCGGUAUUGGCCAUCAAAUUGAUGGAAGACCUUUUUGCGAAUAGAGCCGCCUUCGUUUUGGAUCAUUCCUCGCCAAUUCAGUGGAGGCACGUUAGCACUACCGAGAAUCCAGCGGAUUGCGCUACACGCGGUCUCACUCCCAUCGAGCUAAAGGACUUCGAGCUGUGGUGGCGAGGGCCAUCGACAGAUUUCGGUCAAAUUGGCAUUAACGACGCCGCUUUAGAGGCAAAGGUGGCAAAAAUGCGAGUUCACCAUGCAGUCCCGCAGCUGUCGUUUCUUGAGAGAUUUUCAACACUCAGCCAGGCUUUACGAGUCACAGCCUACAUCAUGCGCUUCAAGGACAACGCGUCCGGCAAGGUAGACAGGCGCCUUGGGCCCUUAAUCACUGAAGAGCUCGACUACGCUUUAUUAGCCGUCGUGCGUAUCGUACAGCGCGAAUCGUUCGCAACCGACUUGUCUGCAGUAAGGAACUCCAAACGGUUGCCCUCGCGUAGCAAAUUAUUAAAUUUGUCGCCGAUAUUAGAGGAAGGCAUCUUGCGGGUGAGGGGACGACUUCGCCAUUCUAGUUUGUCGCACGAACGUCGUCAUCCGAUAAUCCUGCCAAGCUCUCAUCAUUUCACCGAAUUAGUAAUACGUCACUCUCACUGUCUAACCCUGCACGGAGGCGCGCAGUUGACUUUGGCACACGCGCGUCAGCGUUUUUGGAUCCUGACAGGACGGCAAGCAGUUCGUAGGGUCAUACGGAAAUGCGUUCGCUGCUUCAGAACGCGACCAACUACUACGGCUCAGCUUAUGGGAGACUUGCCCGUUCAUCGAGUCAACCCUCCUAGUCGACCAUUCAUUGUCACUGGUGUCGACUACACAGGCGCAAUAGAGAUUAAAGCAGCGCGUCUACGAGGCACUAGCUUUUACAAGGGAUACAUCGCUGUGUGCAUUUGUCUCGCAACCAAGGCGGUGCAUUUGGAGGCGGUGACAGGUCUCACCACGGAACAUUUUUUGCUGGCUCUGGACAGGUUCACCGGGCGACGAGGAAUGGUUCAGCACCUUUACAGUGACAACGGUACCAACUUUGUUGGUGCAGACAAUGUAAUGAAGACGGUGUACGGUCAGCUUCAAGCGGAUUACGAGAAGCUCAUCGCCCCCAAGCUUGCAUCGCAGCGCACAACAUGGCACUUCAAUCCUCCUCUGUCACCUAACUUUGGUGGGCUUUGGGAGGCCAAUGUAAAGUCGGUUAAACACCAUCUAAAGAGAGUCAUUGCAGAUCGUCGGCUUACCUACGAAGAGUUGUCUACGGUGCUCGUAAGCAUAGAAGCGUGUCUCAACUCAAGGCCGCUUUGUCCUCUCACGGCUGACCCGGACGAUCUAGAAGUGCUCACCCCAGCGCACUUCCUCAUCGGAGACUCAAUGCUGGCGCCGCCGGAAUAUCAACCACAAUCCAGAUCCUUCGCAGAGCAGUUCCUCAUCCAGCAGACGAUGAUACGACAUUUCUGGAAGGCUUGGAGUCGUGACUGGUUAGCGCAUCUUCAGCAAAGGCCAAAGUGGUGUCAGGAGACCGAAAGCUUUCAGCUUAACGACCUUGUCAUUAUCAAGGACGACAGGUUCCCCCCAUCGCAAUGGUUGCUCGGGCGUGUUAUGGAGGUGCACCCAGGGACGGACGCACUGGUCCGGGUGGUGACAGUUAAAACUAAGCAGGGGCAGCUGAAGCGAUCCGUAGCAAAGCUCUGUCCUCUGCCAAUCCGCGCCUAG